AUGACUGGGUUCAUUACACCGGAUGAACAAAAUUUUCUUUCUUUUUAUUACGAAAGUCUUUGUAAUGAUUUAAGUAGAUUAAAUAGGCUUUACAACAACAAAUCAACACUUACUAUAUCUUUUGAAAAUGGAAGUAUAACUUGUUACACGGAUAAUUUUGCUAGUCGAUUAAAAAACAAUACUAAAAAAUCUAUUUAUAAAGUCUUAAUAUCGAAUAUGGUAUCACAAAAGAUUGAUAAUAAUAUUAUUGGACUAAAUGUCUUAGGUCAGUUUGUAUUUUCAGAUAAAAAUCAAAAAAGAUUUUCACAUAAUUUUAUUUUGCAAAAAACGGAAGGAUUUUUUACGAUUUUGGCUGAAAAUGUAGUUAUUUUAAAUGAAGAAAUUAUUUAUGAAAGUAAAGAUUUUUAUAUUCUUAAAAUUAAUAAAGCAGACAAAACAAUUAAUGAGAUUAUUAAUAUUCUUGAAGAAUACGGUGAGAUAAAAAGUAUAGAAACAAAAAAUGAAAUAUUUUUAUGUAGAAUGGGACGAUUAGAUACUGAGAUGGAAGACUUUUUAAAUAAGAUUCAUAAUAAAGGACUAAGUGUUUUGCUUUAA